UACUAGUAGUUGCACAUAACAGACCUUGGUCUUCACACUUUGGUCUCAGAUCAGUUUCGUUUCCGUGCGUCAUUCUCAUCAAUGUAAAAACAAAAGACAGAGAAGAACAAAGAAAUACACAGGAAGAACUUUUAUCUUCAGCACAUAUUCACUGUGUUAAGAGUAUAGAAGAGCGGCAAUGUCUGAUGAUAUUUAUCACAAUGUGCUCAAUACUGAGAUUCAGGAAACAGACAGAAUGGAAAUGAUGGUGGCCAUCUAUGAGAGUGGAGACGACUUACGAACACAGAUAGACUCAAAUACAAACAGACAACAACCAAUUCAGUCUACAGGAAGUGAGCGUGUGAUGAACAGAAGAUACAGAUCAGUUUCAGUGUGUUUGGUGCUGCUGUGUGUUCUUCUACUGACUGCAGUCAUAGUGCUGUGUGUCCUCAUCUAUACAAACAAUCAACAGUUUAACAUCAAGACCAAAAACCUCACAGAAGAGAGAGUUGAAUUAAUUGCCAAGUACAAUAAUAUCACCAAACUAAGUGAACAGUUGAAUCAGAAGAUAAAUGGACUGUGGACUUAUCUUCAUGAUGGAUGGAUGUACAAUCAAUCCAGUUUGUACUUCAUUUCAUCUGAGAAGAAGAACUGGACUGAGAGCAGAAGUUACUGUAGAGAGAGAGGAGCAGAUCUGAUCAUCAUUAACAACAAAGAGGAACAAGAGCACAUGCUCAUGAUGUUUGACUGUAAGAUAUCCGAAAUAUCUUAUGUUAUUUAUCACAAUGUGUUCAAGACUGAGAUUCAGGGAAUAGACAAAGUGAAGAUGAUGCUAGACAUGUAUGAGAAUGGAGAUGACUAUAGGACACAUGAUUCAAUACAAACACACAACAACAACUUCAGUCUACAGGGAAUGGACAAAGAGGGAGGGGAAAUGCUGGGAGAGAUCUUCGAGAGUGAAGAUGACUACAGGACACAGACAGACUACAAUACAAACAGACAACCACCAUUUCUGUCUGCGGGACGUUAUGUGAGGAUGAGAAGUUACAGAUCAGUUUCAGUGUGUUUGGUGCUGCUGUGUGUUCUUCUACUGACUGCAGUCAUAGUGCUGUGUGUCCUCAUCAAUACAAACAACCACCAGUGUCACAACAACAGCAACAACCUCACUGAAGAGAGAGACCAGCUACUAACCAAAUAUACCAACAUCACAGAAGAGAGAGAACAGCUACUAACCAAAUAUACCAAACUAACAGAAGAAAGAGAUAAAAUAUUAGCAAAGUACAAUGAUAUUACUAAACAAAAUGAACAACUGAAUCAGAAGAAAAAUGAACUGUGGGCACAUCUUAGCGAAGGAUGGAUUUACUAUAAGUCUAGUUUGUACUUCAUUUCAUCUGAGUCGAAGAGCUGGAGUGACAGCAGAAGUAACUGUAGAGAGAGAGGAGCAGAUCUGAUCAUCAUUAACAACAGAGAUGAACAAGAUUUCAUUAGCAAAAAGUCUGGUACAGACAACUUCUGGAUUGGCUUGUCUGAUAUCGAAGUGGAGGGCAGAUGGAAAUGGGUUGAUGGCAGCAGACUCUCCACAAGCUUCUGGAAGGCUACACAGCCUCAAGGAGUUGAAGAUGAAAACUGUGUUGUUAAUCAUUUAUCUCACAUAGCCACUGUGUUAAGAGUGUACUGUAGAAGAGCUGCAAUGUCUGAUGAUAUUUAUCACAAUGUUUUCAAUACUGAGCAAACAGACAGAAUGGAGAUGAUGGUGGCCAUCUAUGAUAGUGGAGAUGACUUACCGACACAGAUAGACUCCAAUACAAACAAACAACAAUCACUUCAAUCUACAGGAAGUGAGCGUGUGAUGAUGAGAAGUUUCAGAUCAGUUACAGUGUGUUUGGUGCUGCUGUGUGUUCUUCUACUGACUGCAGUCAUAGUGCUGUGUGUCCUCAUCAAUACAAACAAUCAACAGUUUAACAUCAAGACCAAAAACCUCACAGAAGAGAGAGACCAGCUACUAACCAACAUCACAGAAGAGAGAGACCAGCUACUAACCAACUAUACCAAGAUCACAGAAGAGAGAGAUAAACUAAUAAUCAAGUACAAGAAUAUCACUAAACUAAGUGAACAAUGUAAUCAGAAGAUAAAUGGACUGUGGGCAGAUCUUCAUGAUGGAUGGAUUUACUAUCAAUUUAGAUUGUACUUCAUUUCAACUGAGGAGAAGAACUGGACUGAGAGCAGAAGUUACUGUAGAGAGAGAGGAGCAGAUCUGAUCAUCAUUAACAACAAAGAGGAACAAACGGUUUUGCUGCUCUUUCUGUUUGAAAAGAGCUCAACAAUGCUGCCGGCUGAAACAUGUGCUGGAGUACAUGCGUUUGACAUAAAAGGCAGUGCAGGACAUCUUAAGACAAACCACACAAGAGCAACGUCCAGUGAUAUUAAAUCCAACAGAUUAAGGAUGGGGAAAAAUGACACAGAACAUGCUGAAGAGAUCUACGCCAAUACAGACAAUAUAAACAUUCACAAUUUCUACAGAGGAACAGAAGACACCACGAGAAACCAAACAUGUCAACGCACAGGAAGUGAGCGUGUGAGGAAGAGAUGUUACAGAUCAGUUUCAGUGUGUUUGGUGCUGCUGUGUGUUCUUCUACUGACUGCAGUCAUAGUGCUGUGUGUCCUCAUCAAUACAAACAAUCACCAGUUUAACAACAAGACCACAAACAUCACAGAAGAGAGAGAUAAAUUAAUGGCCAAAAACAAAAAUAUUACUAAACAAAUCGAACAACUGAAUCAGGAGAAAAAUGAGCUGCGGACAUGUUUCAAUGAUGGAUGGAUUUACUAUAAAUUCAGUUUGUACUUCAUUUCAUCUGAGAAGAAGAACUGGACUGAGAGCAGAAGAUACUGUAGAGAGAGAGGAGCAGAUCUGAUCAUCAUUAACAACAAAGAGGAACAAGAUUUCAUUAAGAAUCAUUCUGUUAAGGGCGGACACUGGAUUGGUUUGUCUGACAGUGAUGAGGAGGGCAGAUGGAAAUGGGUUGAUGGCAGCACACUGAACUCUAGCUUCUGGAGGUCUGGAGAACCCAAUAGCAAUGAAGGGGAUGAAGACUGUGUUGUGUUUGGGUCAACAGGGUGGGGUGAUUACCUAUGUGCUCGUACUUUUAAAUGGAUUUGCGAGAGAAAGAUUUUAAAAUGAGUUGUUAAAUAAAUACAUUCUUUGCUGCCUUAAAUUUUUUGUUUAAUCAACUUCAAGUUAUAACAACUCAAGAUAAUUAACAAUAAGUUGAAAUGACUUGUAAACAAACAAACACAAAAAAAUAAGGCAGCAAAUUAAUUGUGCAUUUGUUCUCAAGUUCGCAUCUAAUAUUUACCUCUUAUUUAAGUCUUACAUAAUUCUCGUCACGGAAACAUGCAAUAGCAAGGCAAUGGUAAUGCAUUAUUAAGGUAAUGGGGUCACGCGCUGUACAUUCUACAGUGUCCAUGUG